AUGUCCUGCGCCGCGUCCGCCGUCUUCAGCCGUCCCGUCGCCCUCACGGCGCGGCGCGGCGCCCCCGCCUCCCGCCGGGCAUCCUCGCUCCGGUGCGAGGCCGCCGGCAUCAAGACGGGCAAGGCUGUCUGGAGGGGCGAGAACACGACGGAGGUGGGCAACGGCGAAGGAUUCGAGACGGAGUUCCUGUUCGACCUCGGCGGCGAGACCCCCGCGCCGGUGAAGGGUCUCCGGUUCAAGAAGGACUCCGAGGUGGUCACCGUGACCAUUCCGAGGCCGCUGGGCAUCGUGUUCGAGGAGAAGCUCGACGGCAUCUACCAGAAGAUCGUGGUCGACGAGGUGCUCGAGGGAAGCAACGCAUCCAAGGCUGACGUGAAGGUUGGGGACGUCCUGCGGAUCACCACCGCGGUGUUCAACGUCCCCGGGGUCAUCGACGUCACCGCGUGGCUCAACCCGCCCAAGAGCAGCAACUGCAAGGCGUUCUACGUGGCGGAUCAGAAGCCGUUCGACAAGGUGAUGGACGCCAUCAAAUCGCACGCCGUGCCGGUGGACACUCCGGAUGGUCCGAUGGAGGUGGAGGAGGUCGGACUCGUGCUGGAACGGCCGACGGCGUGA